GGAUUCCUUCCUUUCUCCUCUCUUCGCUCGAUUUUCUGCUGCAAAGAGAACAAAGGAGAAAAUUUCUCAGCCCUACGACUACGAUUUCCUCCCUUGGUCAUCCUAGACGGCUCAUUGUUACUCGUUUCCUUAUUUUCUUAUCCUGUUAAUACUUCUUCUCCCUGGAUUCUCGUUGCCCAUCGAGUAUCUAGCAGACAUCUGUCUGUAAAUUAUCCUGAAUUCUCUUUUUCUGGAUAUAAUCAGUUCCUGUUUGCAUAUUUAGAUAUUUGGAUUUUCCUUUCUCGGUAAAGUUGGAGCUGCGGUUUUGUCCUGUAUCAUUUGCAAAAUACUUUUUCUUCUUGGUGAUUCUCAUCCUUGACUGAAUCCCAUAUUUUCAUUAUAAGAUAACGAAAGAACCUGGUUUAUUCGAUUUUAGGAGGAUUUGUCUUUGAUUUUUCUUUGAGAAAAGGGCUUCUCUCUCCCUCUCUUUUUUAAACUGGGAUUUUUUCCUGAAAUCAGUGAUAUUGAACCCAGGGGUCUGAUUUCUUGUCAUAUCAAACGGGUCGGGUUUCCUGAUUUUUUUUGAAAGGAAUCAUGGAGGUUUCGGUGAUCGGAAGCGCGCAGUUUCCCGCCGGGAGAAAGAACUCGGCACUUUUGAAGUCGGAUCUCGCCGGAUGUUGCAGAGAAUUGGCGCCUUCCAGGAGGGACUUGAGUUCAAUCGGGUUCGGUUCCGCGGGGGCCGGGGGAAGGCGGAGGAGGGUGGCUGGAGUCUCUCUGGUGACGGCCACCAGGGCAGAGAUGGCCGUCGUUGAGAAGGCAGCCGGCAAGCGUUCGCACGAUAAGAAGAGUGGUCGAACUCCGUUUUACGUAGCACUUCCUCUUGAUACAGUCUCGCCCGACAACAACUUGAACCAUAUGAAGGCCGUCUCCGCCGGAUUGAAAGCUUUGAAGCUGCUUGGUGUUACGGGUGUGAGCGUCCCAGUGUGGUGGGGCAUCGUAGGGAAUGAAUCUGAGGGAAAAUUCAACUGGUCUGCAUAUCAAUCUCUUGCUGAAAUGAUCCGUGAUUCCGGGCUUAAGCUCCGGUUUUCUCUCUGUCUCCAUGGUAGACCCAACAUCUCGCUUCCUUCGUGGGUGGUUAAGAUCGGAGAAAGCGAACCUGAUAUUUUCUUCAGGGACCGCGCCGGAAAACGGUACAUGCACUGCUUGUCGUUGGCAGUUGAUGAGCUUCCGGUACUUGCAGGGAAGUCUCCGAUACAAGUCUAUGGAGAAUAUCUUUCUGAAUUCAAGUCGUCGUUCUCGAGCCUUUUAGGCACCACAAUCACGGAUAUCUCAGUGAGCCUUGGCCCCGAUGGUGAGCUUAGGUACCCCUCAUUCCCGGAAAAUCGACGCGGCAAGAUUCAGGGGGUCGGAGAGUUUCAAUGUUAUGACAAACACAUGCUUUCCAGCCUGAAGCAACACGCUGAAAGUUCAGGCAAUACUCUUUGGGGUCAAUCCGGACCUCAUGAUGCGCCUAACUACAACCACUGGCCACACACUAACAACUUCUUCAAGGACUCCGGCGGUUCCUGGGAGACACCAUAUGGUGAUUUCUUCCUCAGCUGGUAUUCAGGCCAGCUGAUUGACCACGGCGAUCGCAUCCUCUCUCUCGCGUCACAGGUUUUCGGCGAUAGCGCAGUCACCAUCUCCGGCAAAGUCCCGCUGGUGCACAGUUGGUACAAGACUCGGUCACAUUCUGCUGAGCUGACCGCAGGAUUCUACAAUGCUGACAGAAGAAACGGCUAUACCGCCAUUGCCAGAAUGUUUGCCGCAAAUUCAGCUACACUAGUGCUGCCAGGGAUGGACCUCUCUGAUGCUCAUCAACCAUCUGAAGCGCUAUCAAGCCCGGAGUCCGUAAUCUCGCAAAUAAGAGCGGCUUGCUUCGAGCAUGGAGUGUCAUUAUCAGGGGAAAACACAUCAGUUUCCGGUAUACCAGACAAUUUCAGUAGGAUUAAAGAGAACCUUAAGAAUGACCAGUGGAGCUUAGAUACAUUCAACUACUGCAGAAUGGGUGCAUACUUCUUCUCACCGGAACAUUGGCCAAAGUUCACAGAGUUCUUCCGGGGGUUGGAGUUGCCUGAAAAAGAUAUUGAUGACCUCCCAGACAACGAGCAGAAGCUCUCCUUCGUUGGGGCUGCUCAGUCAGAGAAGACAUUGCUGGUGCCAGCAUGAGCGGAUUCUCAGUCCUACUCUUCUUUGGCGAUGUAAAUAUUUGCAUAUUAUACUGUAGCUGGUGAUACUCGUGUGGCAGUUAGGCUCAUUUCGGGAAGUUUGUUCCUUGUUUCUAUAAUGUAGAAUAGAAUAAUGUAUGUGAUCCUCCAAUUAUAUUAUAGCCAAAUAUACUUAAAGUAGAGCUUACA